GAGAAGGCGAUCCUAUUAUAUCCGAGGAGGAGCAAGGAAAUAAUGAGAAGAGGCAUUAGAGCAAUGGCGAAGUCACUGGCGAUAGAGGUGUGGAAUCCAUCGGGAAAACAUAGGGUUGUCAGCACCAAACCCAUGCCUGGCACGCGCUGGAUCAACCUCCUCACCCUCGCUGACUGUCGUCUCGAGAUAUGCAUGGAAAAGAAGACAAUUUUAAGUGUCGAAGACAUUCAGGCACUGAUUGGCAACAAAUGCGAUGGUGUCAUUGGCCAGCUGACAGAGGAUUGGGGGGAAACCCUGUUCGGCUGCCUCAGAAGUGCAGGAGGAAGUGCAUAUAGCAAUAUGGCUGUUGGUUACAACAAUGUCGAUGUCAACGCUGCGAAUAAAUAUGGUGUUGCAGUGGGCAACACUCCUGGUGUUCUAACAGAAACAACUGCUGAGUUGGCAGUGGCAUUAUCUGUAGCAGCUGCUAGAAGAAUUGUUGAAGCAGAUCAGUUUAUGAGAGCAGGCCUAUAUGAUGGUUGGCUACCUCACUUAUUUGUUGGAAACUUGCUCAAGGGACAAACCGUUGGCAUUAUUGGUGCUGGAAGGAUAGGUUCUGCAUAUGCUCGAAUGAUGGUUGAAGGUUUCAAAAUGAACCUUAUAUAUUAUGAUUUAUAUCAGUCGGUUCGACUUGAGAAGUUUUUGACAGCUUAUGGUGGAUUUCUGAAAUCCCAAGGCGAAACACCCAUUACAUGGAAAAGGGCACCCACCGCUGAGGAUGUGCUUAGAGAGGCUGAUGUGGUGAGCCUUCAUCCUGUACUAGACAAGACUACUUAUCACUUGAUUAACAAAGAUAGAUUAUCCAUAAUGAAGGAGGAAGCAGUUCUUGUAAAUGCUAGCCGAGGUCCAGUGAUUGAUGAAGUGGCCUUAGUAGACCAUUUGAAAGCAAAUCCUAUGUUUCGUGUAGGACUUGAUGUGUUUGAGGAUGAGCCAUACAUGAAGCCUGGUCUUGCAGAGCAAAAUAAUGCAAUUGUAGUGCCACAUAUCGCUUCAGCUUCGAAGUGGACUCGAGAAGGGAUGGCUACACUUGCUGCAUUAAAUGUCUUAGGAAAGAUUAAAGGGUAUCCUUUAUGGCCGGAUGCAAAUAGGGUAGAAUCUUUCUUAGAUGAGAACUCUGCACCUCCAGCUGCCUGUCCAAGCAUUGUCAAUGGAAAAGCAUUAGUAUGAUGUGUUGCAGGUUUAACAUCUUCCAAGCUUUAAGAAGGGUCCUGACAAUUUUGAAGGUGGUUUAUAUAGAAUGCACAGGGCCAGUUUAUAAUUUAAUUUUCUUGCAUCAAAUAUUGAAAAAGGUGGUUCAUAUAUUAAAAAAAGGCUAGUACAUUCCUUAAGUGUUGCUUUUAAUUGCCAAUUGCUUUUAAUGCCAGACUUGGUGAACAAUUUAGAAUCUCAAGUGAAAGUUAUAUGUAUAGUGCAAUUUAUGUAAAACAUCCCGUAAAUCCUGAAGAGGAUGCCUACCACUGUAUAUAUAAAUAUAUAUGAAUUUGCAUUUUGGUUGAA